AUGUCGAGAUACGUAACUGAAUCUAAUAAUGAAAAAGUGCAAGAUCCAGUUUCAGCAUACCAUGCUAAUAACUUGGAUCGGGCACUCGUUGAAAUCUUUAAUGAUAAUCAGAUUCGCUUGUUAAUAAUAAGUGGUCCAACUGGCGCUUGCAAGACUUCAACAUUAAAAUACAUAUGCAAUCAACGCAAGUACCACAUUGUCUAUUGGAGUGAUUUUCAAGAUAAUGAUGGCCUUAAAAAUGGAUGCACUCAACAAAUAAUAUUUUUUGAUGAUUUGUCUGCUUUUUUGGAUGAUAAAACAAAUAAAGGUUUUAAUGAAAUAAUGUAUGCAUAUUUAAAUGAUAAAACGGCAAAAUAUCCCACAACCUUCAUGAUCACAGAUGUGAAUGAUGCUAACAAUGAUUAUGCAAGAAAAGAUGAGAUUAACAACAAAAAUAUUUUUACAUCAAAUAUUGUUAAUUCAGAAAGAUGCAAACACAUAAAAUCAAAUGAUGAUCUUAGACAAGCGAUCAGGCUUUUAAAAUCAUUCCUAAUCCACGUACCUGAAGAAGUAAUGGAAGAAAUAAAUGCAACAUCAUCAAUUAGUGAUCUAAGACCGCCAAAAAAAGUAAAAACUCCUAAUACAAAUAAUCGACACAACGUUAAACAUUUAUCUCGUGAUAAUUUAACAGAUAAAUACACUGUUGUUAAAAAUGCAUUAUAUAAUUUUAGGGCUGAACCUAAUGUUUUUAAUGAAACGAGUAUCAAACUUAAAGAGUUAAUUGGAAAGGAAGUUGCCCCUGAUGAAAUGCCUGAUCGACAUCCUAUUAAAAUAAUGCCUGAAGAUUCUUUGGAUAAUUUUGACAUUAGUCAUGAUUUCUACCUUGAUUUAUUGCAAAAUAAUUAUAUAAAUCAUUAUGGUAAUAUAUCAGAGAUAGCAUUUGCAGCUGAAAGGUUAAGUAGAUCAGAUUUUUUGAUUGGAUGUGGCGACAUUACGGUUAGAUUUAAAAAAUCUCCAUAUUUUGAUACAUUUGGGAUUCAACGUCAAAAACAUCUAGAAUAUCAAGAAAUAUUAAACGCGACUUAUAAAAAUGAAAAUGCACCUAAAGUUAAGAAUAACAAAACAUGGCAAUUAGAAUGUGUACCAUAUCUCAAGCAUAUUGUAAAAAAAAAUGAUAUUGGUUCCAAAUAUAACAAUA